CGAACAGUGCUCCCACCUUCCUUUUGUUGUUAAAUGACUACGAAGAGCUCAAGCGCCAUCCAAUCUCUUCCGCUGCCAUGUCAGCAACCCCCCUCCAAAGCAAAAAAAGCUCGGGCUCCUCCUCUCCAACUUCGCAUAUUAAUAUUUCAUCCCUCCUCCCACGUUUUUACACUCGGUCUUCACUUCCCACCAAGGAAACCUUCACUCCCACGUGUCUUUUGCCUACCUUUUCUGUUUUCUGUUUUCUGUUUUCUGUUUCCGUCACAGCACCGUGAGUGAGUGAAGCCGCGCAACCAUGCUUCUCUCAGGCCUUCUUUCGAAUCCUCUGUUCUAUCCGGUAGCCCUGGUGGUCUCUGCAGUUUCCUGGGUGGUGUAUCAGCGCGUGUACUCACCGUAUGCUGGCAUUCCCGGCCCGUUUUGGGCGUCCAUCACCCGGUUCUGGUAUCUCCAACGGAUCAAUGCCGAGGACAUGCACCGGUACACGAAGGCGCUGCACAAGAAAUACGGUCCCCUCGUCAGGAUUGCCCCCAAUGAGGUCUCCGUCUCCGACCCCGCCGCCAUGAAGGCAAUCUAUGCCAUCAACGCAGGUUACACCAAGACCGACUUUUACCCCACACAAGCUCCCAACCUCUCCCCCCAUGGCGAUUCCUUCACCCAGCUCGACGAGAAGAAGCACAGCUUCCGGCGCCGCAUGAUCCAAAACAUCUUUUCCAUGUCCUCAAUCUUGGAGUCGGAGCAGUACAUCGACAACGCCACCAAUGCUUUCUUCACCGUUCUGGAUGAGUUCGCCGAGAACGGAAAGUCCAUCGACAUGGGCGAAUACCUGCAGUGGUAUGCUAUGGACGUCAUCGGCGAGCUCUUCUUCGGCCGCAUGUUCGGUUUCAUCAACGAGCGCCGCGACGUCGGCGGCUACAUCGGAGCCGUCGACAUCAUCCUUCCCCACGCCAUCCGCAUGGGUGUUCUCUACAACUGGAUGCGUCCCUUCCAGGUUCUCCUGCUGCCCUUCUCUGCUUCUCUCCGUCACGGACUCAAGGUUUUCAACUCUCUUGCCGCCGAGAGCAAGCGUCUCGUAGAUGAGCGCAAGGGCAACAAGUCCACCCGGACGGACAUGCUGGCAAAGCUGCUCAAGGUUGCCGACGAGAAGGCGCCCGAUUUCGACAUCACCGACGUGUACACCGAGUCCUACACCGCCAUCUUCGCCGGCGGCGACACCACAGCCAUCGCCAUGCGCACCGCCCUGUACCACCUCUCCAAGAACCCCUCGGCCAAGUCCAAGCUGCAAGCCGAAAUCGACGCCGCCCAGGCGGAAGGCCGGCUCAGCGCCAACAUCACCUACGCCGAGGCCCUCAAGCUCCCCUACCUCGUCGCCGUCAUCAAGGAGUCGAUGCGCGUGCACCCCUCGAUCGCACUGACCUUUCCCCGACACGUACCUACCGGCGGCCGCGAGAUCUGCGGACACUUCUUUACCGAGGGCUGCCGAGUGGGUGUGAACCCGUACGUGCUGCACUACGACGCGAGCAUAUUCGGCAAGGACGCGGAGGACUUCAACCCUGACCGCUGGUUCCGCGACGAGGCCGCCAAUAUGGACCGCUACAUGUUUCAGUUUGGAUCCGGUGCCAGGACUUGCAUCGGAAGGAACAUCGCUAUGGCUGAGAUCCACCGCUUCAUCCCACAGUUCUUUAGACAGUUCGAUAUUCAGCUCACAAACCCCGAGAAGGAGUGGGUCGAGCACAACACCUGGUUCGUCAAGCAGACCGGCAUCGAGGCCAGGCUGACGAAGCGGAACGUUGCGGUUUAAACUUUCUUUCGUUCAUUCGUUCAUUCAUUCAAUCAUUUCUAUUGCAUUGCCUCCACUUCUUUUUUUCUUCUUUCCCUUUAUAAAAAUUAUUUUAUUUCUGUGCAUUCUUUUACAUACAUCUUCCGGGUUUCUUUUCCUUUUCUUUUCCCUUUAUUUUUUUUUGUUCGACCUCGACGGUUUUCUCUUUGCCACUAUCCUUCACUCCAUGGUUUAAGUUGCUCCGGUCUUCAGGGGGGGUUUCAAGUUUUUUUCUUCCUCCAAAUCUUUCAAUUUAUCCUUACUUACUCUAUGUAAGUUGAAAAUAAAGAGAGUGUGUGGGUGUGUAUAGUACUAGUAUCUAACUGUAGAUAUGUGUGUGCAUUGCGGCGUGUGUGCGUGUGCGUAUCAUACGUGUCUGUAUUCAUGUGUGAGUGUAUUCGUGAGAAAAAUGUGUGUGUGUGGUUAUUCGCCUCACCAUACAAGCAUCGUAUUGUAGUGUCCAUCGCAUUGC